AUGCUUUCGUUGAAUAAGAAUGAUGAAUACGAUGAAACAUCCGUUGCAAAUUUGUGGAAACGCUAUGAUGCUCCGCGAACUAUGGGAAGUGGCUUUGCAGUGCUUCAGAAUCCGAAUCUGCGGGUUGUAUACCGUCAAAGCGUUUUUGUGAAUACAAAAACUGAACCAAUUUGUGAUCUCAAUAUUGAUUUGGGUGAAAACGUUAGAAUUGCGUAUGGUCCAUGGGCUGAAUCUUGCCGUCUAGCAUUCAUCAAUUACUUCUUCCCUACCGAUUAUUCUGCUAUGACACCUACUGUUUUACCUAAAAAUGGUGAAAAGAAAAUUCUCGCUGCAAUAGACAUAACGCUAACAACGAAAGCUCAGACGUCAAUUAAUUUUUGGUUCAUGCGACGUGACGAGCUCAAUGCCGUUGCUACUACUAUUAAAAAUGGCUGCUCUCUUAAAAUAGAAUAUCCGAUGAUUAUUACUGAUCAAGGAUACAAAACGACAUCGAAACUAAUAAUGAAAGAUGUACACUUUUUGCCAACAUCUGCGUUCAGAAAAUUGUUUUCAUGCGAAGAGCUAACAAUGGAAUACGAUAUGCAUUUUCCUCUCAGAUAUGGUCAAUUACAAAAUCGUGUGAUUCUGUUCAAAAUAAAUAGUGCUACCACGUGGUUCGUCUGGGAUCACGUGGUUUUUUUUGAGGAUUUAUUACGUGAAACAACGAUGUAUAAUGAAAUUGACUUGGCAGAGUUUGUGCCACAAAUUUGGGAUAUACGAAUGAUAUUCAAUGACAUGACAGUAGCUUUUGUAACGAAUGACAAGAAUUGGGUAGAUGCUAGCAAUCCGAUGAAUAAUUUUUUAAUUGCUUUGGUCGCAAAACAAUUAACAAUCAGUUCCAAUUUGAAUAAUACUGAUUUUUGUCCAAAAAUCAGUAAAUGCAAUAUUAAAAUUGCAAGUAAUGAUAAGCUUGUGAUCAAAUUUCACGUGCCACAACAAAGUACGCUAUCACCACUCAUUCAUACACUUUAUAAUAAUUCAUAUUAUUAUAUGAAUAAUCUGGAUGCGCAGAAAUUUUCUAAGCCAGAAGGAGGUUGGGUUAAUUUCUUACGCACUGAAGAAGCAUCUUUAACGUGUGAUUACACGUGGCAUUCAAUAUAUUACCCAUAUAUAAGUGAUUUACCUAUACGGACAACUAUUACAUGGAAUCAAAAACUAAUCAAUCAUCCUUUUGAGUUAGAACCUGAUUCUGCUUUCAUAGAAAUUGCUGUAAAUUCCCCUGAACUGUUCAUUUCUGGUUUUGCUUUGAAAAUUAUUGAAAAUUUUAUUGACGAUUAUUUUGGCUUGUAUAUUCAAGUAAGUAAUAAUUCUCGAAUUAUCAGUAUCCAAUUUGAAAUUCAAAAUGAAUUUUGA